AUGUCUACUCAAAUACUGGCCCCCAUAGGCCUGCCCUACCCAAUAACAAUAGACCAACUAAUAACUCACGUAGGUGAUGAAGUUCAAAAGGGCGACCGUCUCCUAGCAUAUAAAUUCUGGUUCGUCGUGGACGUCGCCUCAUCACCUGAUGACAACGACGUUUCUUCACCUCCUACAGCAGGCAAGAAAUCCAUUAGGGAAUCCAUCGAAUUUUUCGAGUCCCCCUACAAGGGACAAUUAAUCUCUUGGAAUGUCGACAUUGGGGAUGAAAUUGCCUCCCCCAAUCAAGUUUUGGCGGAAAUCAUAAGGCCUUGCAACCAUGAUGUCGUGUACGGUGGACUUUGUACUUUGUGCGGUGAAGAAGUCGAUGAGGAUGACAAUGAUGCCUCGGGCUCUGGUGCCAACUUGACCAUUUCUCAUACAGAUACAAAUUUGAAAAUAAGUACCAGAGAGGCAUUGGAUAUUGGUCUCAAUGUAAGGACAAGGUUAAGAAAGGAGAAAAAGUUAGUCUUAGUGGUGGAUUUGGAUCAAACGGUUAUCCAUUGUGGUGUAGAUCCUACCAUCGGUGAAUGGAAGAAUGACCCAAAAAAUCCAAAUUUUGAAACUUUAAAGGACGUAAAACAAUUUUCCCUGGAAGAGGAACCUAUAUUACCUACGUUAUAUAUGGGCCCUAAACCACCUUUAAGGAAAUGUUGGUACUAUGUGAAAGUAAGGCCAGGCUUAAAGGAAUUCUUGGAGAAAAUUGCUCCAUUGUUUGAAAUGCAUAUAUAUACAAUGGCUACAAGAGCAUACGCAUCAGAAAUUGCUAAAAUCAUUGAUCCCAAUGGUGAUCUCUUUGGAGACAGAAUUUUAUCGCGUGAUGAGAAUGGGUCUAUGACCACGAAAUCAUUAGAGAGAUUGUUCCCCACGGAUCAGUCAAUGGUAAUUGUCAUUGAUGAUAGAGGAGAUGUUUGGAAUUGGUCACCUAAUUUAAUUAAAGUGGUUCCAUAUAAUUUUUUCGUUGGUGUUGGUGACAUUAAUUCAAAUUUCUUACCUAAACAACAGGCAACUAUGUUACAAUUGGGAAGACGUUCACGUGAGAAAAGUAAAGAUACUGAAGAUUUAUUAAUUGACAUAAUGGACUCUGAGAAAAAAUUGAAGGAGAAAAUUGACCAAGAAGUGAAACGUCAAGAAGAAGAAUUAAGUCAUCAAUCAGCUACCACGGAGGAGCCUCCUACAUCAGCUGGAGAGAACAAGGAAGAAAUAUCGAAAAAGAUUGAAUAUUCUGCCUCACUUGAAGUCCAACAGCAAAAUAGACCACUAGCUGCGUUGCAAAAACAUUUCCAUGACCAACGAUUACUCAUAGAUGACGACGACGAACUAUAUCAUUUGAAGGAUACUCUAGUAAGAAUACAUGAUAAAUAUUAUAAUGUCCUAAAAAAGGAUGGUGAAUUAAAAGCAGAUAUCAAAUUAAUAAUGCCAGCUAUGAAACAGAAUGUACUAGACAACUGCAGAUUUGUGUUUUCUGGGUUGAUCCCUCUGGGAACAGAUAUUCAAAGGGCAGAUAUUGUCAUAUGGACAAACACGUUCGGGGCAAUAUCAACUUCUGAUAUUGAUGAAAAGACAACUCAUGUGAUUACAAAGACACCUGGAACAUAUAAGGCAAGAUUGGCCAAAUCGUUUAAUCCUAAAAUCAAGAUUCUUCAUCCAGAUUGGGUUUUCGAAUGUUUAACGUCAUGGAAGCAUGUUGAUGAAAAACCUUAUGAACUGAUAGUCGAACAACCCGUGUCAGAAACAGAGUUGGAAGAAUUCAAGAAGAAACUUGCGAAACGUCAAUUAUUAGCAACCGCAAAUGAAAAUCUUUCUCCAGCAAAUGGCACUAAUAGUGCAGAAUUAGAAUUGUUUUCUGGCGGAAUGUCAUGGCUGGACGACGAUGAAGGUGAUAUCCUAGACUCCGAUGAGGAGGAGGAGGAGGAUGCUGAGGAAGAAGAUGAGGAACAGGAAGAUGGUGAAGGUCAAAAUAAUAAAGAGGAAAACAUGACAAAUGGUAAAAACACCAGAGGCCCAACAAAGCGAUUACAUAGUGACUAUAAUGAGGAAGCAAUAGAAGCCAAGAAAGUUCGUCCUAGUAAGGAGGAAGAGGAAGAAGAAAGUGACUCAGAUCUCGAGGAUGAACUGAUGAAUAUGCUUGACAGUUGA